CCCAGUAUAAAGCAGAACCCACAAUGUACUGACCCAGAGUGGAGCCCACAGGGGAACCGUAAGGAACCAUCAAGGUCUGGAUUCUGCUGGGGGCAGUUCUGCAGCACUGCAAAGAUGGAUUUCUCCAAACUGCCCAAGCUCAUAGACGAGGAGAAGGAGAGCAUGAUGGGAUUUGUCCAUGGAGUUUCUGGUCCAGUGGUUAUUGCGUCCCAGAUGGCGGGGGCCGCCAUGUACGAGUUGGUGCGCGUGGGUCACGCAGAACUAGUCGGGGAGAUUAUCCGGCUGGAGGGAGACUUGGCCACCAUUCAGGUCUAUGAGGAAACCUCCGGCGUGUGUGUGGGGGACCCGGUACUGAGGACGGGAAAGCCCCUCUCUGUAGAACUGGGCCCCGGCAUCAUGGGGAACAUCUUCGAUGGGAUUCAGCGCCCCCUGAAGGACAUCACAGACUUGACAAAAAGCAUUUACAUUCCCAGGGGCAUCAACGUCACCGCGUUGUCACGGGACAUAAAAUGGGAGUUUCUUCCAGACAAAAGCAUUCGGGCUGGAAGCCAUGUAACCGGCGGUGACAUCUAUGGGAUUGUGACGGAAAAUUCCCUCAUCAAACACAAAAUCAUGGUGCCUCCUCGCAGCUGUGGGACCGUCACCUACAUUGCCCCUCCGGGCAACUAUGACAUCUCGGACGUAGUGAUGGAACUGGACUUUGAGGGAGUAAAGGAAAAACUCACCAUGGUCCAAGUUUGGCCGGUCCGUCAGAUUCGCCCCGCGGCAGAAAAGCUUCCGGCCAACUACCCACUUCUGACCGGCCAGAGAGUGUUGGACGCGCUUUUCCCAUGUGUCCAAGGGGGCACGACGGCGAUUCCCGGGGCAUUCGGCUGCGGCAAAACCGUUAUCUCUCAGGCUUUAUCCAAAUACUCCAACAGUGAUGUCAUUGUGUACGUUGGCUGCGGGGAGCGGGGAAAUGAGAUGUCUGAGGUCCUGAGAGACUUCCCGGAGCUCACCAUGGAGGUUGAUGGGAAGACAGAGACCAUAAUGAAGAGGACCACGCUGGUUGCCAAUACAUCUAACAUGCCCGUUGCUGCCAGAGAAGCCUCAAUCUAUACAGGGAUCACACUGUCUGAGUAUUUCCGAGAUAUGGGAUACAAUGUCAGUAUGAUGGCCGAUUCCACUUCCAGAUGGGCAGAAGCCCUAAGGGAAAUCUCUGGGCGCCUGGCGGAAAUGCCAGCUGACAGUGGGUAUCCUGCCUAUCUUGGUGCCAGAUUAGCCUCUUUCUAUGAACGAGCCGGUCGCGUUAGAUGCCUUGGAAGUCCCCGCAGAGAAGGCAGCGUCAGUAUUGUUGGAGCUGUGUCGCCCCCUGGAGGGGAUUUCUCAGAUCCAGUAACUUCAGCCACUUUGGGAAUUGUACAGGUCUUCUGGGGUUUGGAUAAGAAACUGGCACAAAGAAAGCAUUUCCCUUCCGUCAACUGGCUCAUCAGUUACAGCAAGUACAUGAGGGCCUUGGAUGAAUUUUAUGAGAGGAACUUCCCAGACUUGGUCCCACUCAGAACAAAAGUCAAAGAGAUUCUGCAAGAAGAAGAAGAUUUGGCUGAAAUAGUUCAGCUGGUUGGAAAGGGAUCCCUCGCAGAAGCAGAUAAGAUCACACUGGAGGUUGCCAAAUUAAUAAAGGAUGACUUUCUCCAGCAGAACGGAUACUCCGCCUAUGACAGGUUCUGUCCUUUCUACAAGACGGUGGGAAUGAUUCAGAACAUGAUUGCCUUCUAUGAUAUGGCACGGCACGCAGUGGAGGCCACAGCUCAGGCAGAGAACAAGAUCACCUGGGCAAUAAUCCGGGAGAACCUCGGGGACAUUCUGUACAAACUCAGCUCCAUGAAGUUUAAGGACCCGGUUAAGGACGGAGAAGCAAAGAUCAAGGCUGACUACGCCCAACUCCAUGAGGAGAUGCAGAAUGCUUUCCGUAGUUUAGAGGACUGAGGCAAAUAUGGACCAAACUUCUGGAUCAGAACCCCACGAGGCCAACCAAUGGGGAGCAGAGAGAUAUCUGUGUAGGAGGAACCAGUUACCAGUGGGAAUAAAUACAGUUUCACAUGGAGCCAUUCCAUUAGGGAUAGGGGUUCCUUGUACUUAUGGGCCGGAAAGAACUAGACCAAGACCCGAAAGGAUAUUAUUCCCCUUCGCUCCUCUAUGUGGCGCCAGUGUCCUGUUGCAGUUGGUCAUGUGGCAACUCCCAGCACCUUGCAACUGCCAUAGAUGUGCCAAGAGAGGAAGGUGCCCACCUAUUCCCCCAAUUGGCUGCCCCUCCUCUUCUUCAUAACCAAACAACUCCACUCCCCCUUGUGGCCCUAAGGGGCAGCUCACCCUUAUUAUUAGCAAUUAGGGUUAUUAUUGUGUUCUUUGUGUUCAUUGGGUGUCAGGAGAAAGGUCCGCCCCUGCUGUACAGUUGCAUCUUCCUAAAUAAACAAUGAGCCCCCGA